AUGCCUGUCAUACCAGUACGGUAUGAAAGUUUGAAGGCGAUUCUGCCGUACAUGGACCCAAAUACACGAUUUAAAAUCUCUCUGCGCAUGCCACCAAUCAGCCCCCUUGAGAGCCGCAUACCACUGAAAAUCGAGAAUUUGACAUUUGCAGGUCUAUUUACGGUGGUGAAUAAGGUCUCCUACGAGCUUGGUGUAUACCGUGAUUAUGGACGCAACGAAACUCCUCCCGAUGUUGUCCGUAUGAAUCAAAGGGGAGGGCUUCUCAAUGACAUUGAUCAAUAUGGAGUCAUAAUAUAUCCCGGAUUGAACAACGUACUUCCAGGAGAUAUCGAUUUGAGAACAAAAGUUCAAGUAGAUGCUCCGGUUUAUACGGAGGAAUGGGAACAAGGUCUUGUGCAGAAGCUGAGAACUUUAAAAAUGUUGUUAGCCGAACGGUUGAAUAAGGAGUAUAUUGAAGAUGACGAAACCAGGAAUGCAGAAGUUGGUUUCGAUGAGACAUUUCGACAAAUCAUAUUAAACGAUUCUGUAGAAUCCAUUCAACUUCAAAUUCAAUCACUUCGGGACCGGCUCAGUGCUUAUACUAAUCGUCGAAACAAUCAGAACCAGCCAUAUACUGCCUGGAUCCAAUUAUCCGUCAAUUCUUCAAAAGGAAACACAAUCCAACGUGUUGCAUACAAUAAGUAUCUUUAUGAAGCGACAAAGGCCGUGCACACGAAAUUGUUUGGAAAUCGUGAUUUGAAUAUAUCAGUGAAGAAUCUGAAAAUUGAGGAUUCACUCGCAUUUGAACGGUUCAAGGAAAUCAUUCAUCCAUCAUCUCUCCCAAUUCAACAACUGAAAGUUUCAAGUAGUGUUUUUGCUGCGGAUUUUCAACACACCAUUGCGAGAGAGGCAAAAAUAUUGAUCAUCGGUAAUAUUACCAGUGAAAAUGGUUCAUGGACCCCAAUUCUUCGAAAUCUGACCAACCGAAUAGUGUACUUGGAGAAUGAGAACAGACUGAAUCCACCAAAUAAUUAUAUGGAUUUGAUUGAGAAUUGGUUGGAGAGAGGACGACCGGUUGGGACCACUUUCUAUAUAGGAAUCAAAAACGAAGAAACCGUGACGCAAUGUUUGGAUACUCUGAAACAAAGGCAAGAAGUUAUUGGAUCUUCUGAAAAACAAGUUCAACUCCGUAUCAAUGCUGCAUUGAUGCUCGAAGUUUCUUAUCAACCGAUUGAACCGCGUGGGAGAUUACUAAGAGAUGACCAAGGGAAGUGGUGGCUGAGACUAAGAGUUGUUCGUAGAAGAUAUGAUUAA